UAACGUUAACACAGCAUAUAUAGUGAUAUCCUGCUUCAUAUUUUGCAAUAGAUUCACAGAGUUCUCCAUCCCAACUCAAAAAGCUAGCUAGUAUCCAUUUCACACUCUAUCUCGAAGAUGAUGCAAAAGAUACUUGUGAAGUUGCAGGUUCAUUGCGACAAAUGCAGAACCAAGGCUAUGAAGAUUGCAGCAACUGCACCUGGUGUAAACAAAGUGUCAAUACAAGGUGAACACAGAGAUCAUGUGGAGGUGAUUGGGGAUGGAUUUGACUCGGUUUGCUUGACUAGGGCUUUGAGGAAGAAGCUUGGCUCUGCCGAUUUAGUCAAGGUUGAGCAAGUGAAAGGAUCCACAGAUAACUAAGUCGAGCUACUAUGGACAAAUAACUGCUCUCCUAUGUGACUUGUACCAUUUAAUUUCCCUGACAUUUCCAAAAGGGAUUUGUGUCUGUUUUUUGUGCAACAGGUGCAAGUGUCUUUUUCACAUAUGUAAUUGGCCUUUAUAUUCACAUGCAUGCAUGCCGGUCUUUUCGAACAACUCAUUCCAAAAACUGGUUUAUAUACUUAUGCACAAAAGAUUAGAAGAGUUUAUUAGAAUUCUCAUGGUUUUAGGUUAGUUUUAGAUUAGCUAGAAGAACAAGACCAAAGCGAAAGCGAAUGAGUUCACUCAAUUAUCCCAUGGGUGAGACCGGUGUGGUAACACACGUACUCCGGGUUACCUGUGUUUUUACAUGACUCCUAUAUAUAAAGAAUUUUUACAACGAUGUCAACUUUUACAAGAUUUUUUUUUUUUAAAUGAUCGAUCGAUAGAGUACUCAUCCUCACAUUUAUACUAUAAAUGCUAUCAUUGAUUUU